AUGCCUAGCGCCCAGGAAAUCGACAUUGUGUCGUCCUUUGUGGCGGGCGCGCCUCCGGGCGAGCUCGCCAGUGUCAUUGCAGACAUUGAGAACCUGACGCUGGAUCGACCCAACCUCACCGCCGAGCUGGCCCCGGCGUACGAGAGAUACAACGAGGAGCAGUUCACGACGGCGCUACUUCCCGGCAGCAGCCAGCCGGUUAUCGUGAGCGCCGACAACUCCCUGGGUGAAGGCCGCUACUUCGACCCCGAAAAUGCCACGAGCUUCGCCUUCGACCAUAAGACACAAAAGGCUAGCGCCGCGCAGAGCUACGUGCUGGAGGGAGCACAGGCUGAUCUGGUGAAAUCCACUCUCAAGAGCCUGUCGGCCUACGUCAAGGAGCACUACGAGCGCCCGGCCUACGGCGUGUACCCGGUGGAGGAGGACAGCAAGGUCUCCGUCCUGAUUGUCAGCAACAAAUACAGCCCACAGAACUUUUGGAACGGUCGGUGGCGGUCGCGCUACGUGUUCGACCCGAGCUCGGGAAGCCUCGAGGGUUUCAUCCGCGUGGACGUGCACUACUACGAAGACGGAAACGUGCGCCUGCUGACGGACAAGACGCUCUCGACGUCUGUGCCGUCGGGCACCGGCGCCGGCAUCGCCAAGGAGAUCGCCGCCCUGGAGAAGCGGUACCAGGACGACCUCAACAAGAGCUUCCUCAGCCUCAGCGAGGGCGCCUUCAAGGGCCUGCGCCGGCAGUUGCCCGUCACCCGGCAAAAGAUCGAGUGGGACAAGGUCGCGAGCUACCGGCUGGGCCAGGACAUUGGCGGCAACGGCAGCAGGCGGUAA